AUGCCAAAUCGUAUCGCUAUUUAUGCCCACCGCGGCUGGAUAGGUUCUAAGAUUGUGAAGGCCCUUGCUGAAUCUCCUGCAUCUGUCAAGAUUCUUUGCCGGCCGGGAUCAAGCGUUGUGGGAUUGCCUUCCAACGUGAGCGCAGUUAAUGUGGACACAACGGAUCAAGCGGAUUUGAUUGCAGCUCUACGGGAUAUCGACAUUCUUAUCUCGCUGGUUGGCCAUGAUGGCAUUCGAAGCCAACAUCACUUGGUUGAGGCUAUUCCGAAAACCGAAGUCCGGCUAUUUGUACCGUCUGAUUUCGCUGUCAGAUAUGCUGGACAGGGGCUAGCUAUUGAUGUCAUACGGGCGAAAUUCGAAGUUGAAGAACACGCAAAGCGCCUUGCCGUGAAAACAACAACGGUAUUGACCGGAAAUUUGGCUGAAUUCGCGCUUGGAACACCAGUUAUGGGCGUCGAUCGCUUAAAUAAUCGUAUCAUCUUCACUGGUGAUAGCGCUUCACAACCGUUAAACCUAUGCACACGAAGCUAUGUCGCAGCAGCUUACGCCUCCAUGUUUGGAGAUACUCCGAUUGAAAUCCUGAAGAACCGUACCUUGAGUCUUUCCGAGCUAAGACCCACAGGUUAUGAUAUACAGCAAGCGCUUACAACUAAGUUUGGAGUGCCUCCAGCCCAGUACACAGUUCCUAUUGAGAACGUUUCCAUCCAGGUGGAUGAGAUGAUCAAGAAAAGAGACCCUGGCGCGCUUGCUUGGUAUACUCGUGAGAACUGGGGCAACGGUGAUCAGCUCAAAUUCUUAGGUACCGAUGCCUGGGAGGUUGAAGGAUACACCAAGGCAACUGUUAAAGACCUACUUCUGGAGGAUAAGCUAGAAGAGUAUCGUCCCCUCCCGAAGGAAUUCCUCGAUAUCCUGUAUGUUGAAUACGCCGAUUGUGUUUAA